CCCAUAAAACUUUCAUCGGAUUAUCUUUGUCCAUUUAUUUUAUAAUCAUACAAUGUCUGCCUCAUCGACUCGCCGCCUCAAGCCGUCCAAACCCCUGACCCCAGUCUCCAUCUCCAGCAAAAACGCCACCCGUGCCGUACACAAUUCUUCGUCCAUCGGCAAAGAAAACCCCGGGCCCGCUUCCCGGCCCCGGUCCGCUGCUCAGAAGCCCGCUAUCCGGUCCAUGCCACGCGUGGACAAGGCCGCCGCCUCGUUGACGGGUCCUGGGAAAGACGGAAACACACGUCUCCGGUGGUCCACGUCGUCGGCCCCUAGAGGCAGGAGCCCCAGUCCUUCCGAGUUCAUUCGGGUUUUCUCGGAUCGGAGGGUUUCGGUGGGUGUGAGUGGUGGUAAGGGCUUGGAGAGUGGGAAGCAGAAGGACUUUAGGUAUGCGAGUGUGAAAGGGUGUGAAGGGAAUUCUAGUGCGAUUAGGGUUUUCAGGGAUCGUAAAGAAAAAAUUGGGGUCAAUUUGGAGAAAAAGAGUGGGGUUUGUGAGGAAUCGGAAGUGGAAGUGGGAAAAAGGGGUAUGAGUUUGAAUAAAGUUGGUGUUUUGGAGAAUUGUAAUGGUGAAGUUAAUCUAAGCCUGAAGUUAAUAAAAUCGAGUGAGACGGGUUUAAGUUUCGAUGAUAAAUUUCAAGAUGGUAUGCGGGUUGAUGAGGUUUUGAAGUCGAAUGAGGAAGUUUUCAAGGUUGGAAAUGGUGUAGAUCUGUAUGCGGAAGAGAGUGGUGGGAAGUCGUUGGAUAAGGGGACGGUCUCAGAGAGUCUAAAACAGAAGAAGUUAAGAAAAGGUGUAGGUGGACGCUCUGAUAUAGAGUAUCCCAGCAAGCUUCAUGAGAAGCUUGCUCUUUUGGAAGGGAAGGUGAAGAGGAUUGCGUCGGAUAUUAAGAGGACAAAGGAGAUGUUGGAUAGGAAUAAUCCAGAUGCAUCGAAGCUCAUACUUUCGGAUAUUCAGGACCAGAUUUCGGGAGUUCAGAAGGUGAUGGGUAAUGUCGGAGGUGAAUCGGAUUGUAAAAUGGCAUUACCGAAAAAAAAUGAUGGGGAGAGUGGGAUAGUUGAGAAAGGAAAGAGCAAGAUAGCGGAUAAUGCUAACAAUUUCGUCGUAGGAUUAAAUAGCGAGGAACUGGAACCUAGAUUACUUCCUCAUCAUAAGUUGCUAAAAAAUGGGACGUAUCUGAAAGCAACAUCAGAAACCUCUCAAGGUCAUGAACCCCAUGUAGCAGUACCAAAUCAUGAGUCAAAAGAGGAUGGGAAGUCGUUUAGCCCUAUUGACGAGAACCAUUUAUCCUUCGAGUUGUUAGCUUCUCUGAUUAAGGGGCAAAAUAAAGUCGCUGGAAGGGAUGGGCAGGCUGAUAUGGAAUGCUGUGAAGUUCAAGAAAUGGAUGGUGCGACGUCUGCAGGAGUAGAAGAUUCUUUAAACACAUUCAAUGGAAAGUGCAAUAUAGAGUUAAUUCUCACAUCUGAUGAGACGCUUGAUGAGUUUGAUGAUCAGGAAAAUGUGCAGGGUGUGAAACUUGGUGACAGGACAGACGAUACUUGCAUUUAUGAGCUGAAUGAAAUUGGCCGUAAGACCUCAACUGGAGGAUGGUUUGUCUCUGAGGGGGAGGCAGUCCUUGCCCACGAUGAUGGUUCUUGCUCAUUUUAUGAUAUUACUAAUUCUGAGGAGAAGGCCGAGUACAGGCCUCCAACAGGACUCUCACCUGAUAUAUGGAGGGAUUGUUGGGUAAUUCGCGCCCCUGGUGCAGAUGGUUGCUCGGCAAGAUAUCUUGUGGCUGCAUCCGCUGGGAAUGCUAUGGAUUCAGGUUUUUGCUCUUGGGAUUUCUACACCAAAGAUGUGCGAGCUUUCCAAAUUGAGGGUGGAGCAACCACUUCAAGAACAGUACUGGGUUCCUUACCCUACAAUAUCGUGCACAGAAGAACUGAUAUUUCUAAUAUUGUCCCAGAAAAUCAACAAUGGUGGUAUAAACCCUGUGGACCCCUUAUCAUUUCGACUGCCACCAGCCAGAAAGGUGUGAGAAUUUUUGAUAUCCGUGAUGGAGAGCAAGUUAUGAAAUGGGAGGUGCAGAAGCCUGUCUCAACAAUGGAUUAUUCAAGUCCAGUACAGUGGAGAAACAGAGGAAAAGUGGUUCUAACUGAAGCAGAAACAAUUUCUGUGUGGGAUGUGAACUCUCCGGGUCCUCAAGCACUAUUAUCUGUCUCUUCAGCUGGUCGAAAAGUUUCUGCUCUUCAUGUCAACAAUUCUGAUGCUGAAUUAGGUGGUGGGGUUCGUCAAAGAGUAAGUUCAUCGGAAGCAGAAGGAAAUGAUGGUGUUUUCUGUACCACUGAUUCUGUUAAUAUUUUGGACUUCCGCCACCCAUCUGGUGUAGGUCUUAAGAUACCAAAACUUGGUGUGAGUGCGCAGUCAGUUUUCUCUCGAGGCGAUUCCAUCUUUCUAGGCUGCACUAAUGUAAGGUCAGGUGGGAGAAAGCAACCUUCUUCACAGCUGCAACAGUACUCGCUGCGCCAACAAAGGCUAUAUGGCACUUACACCUUGCCAGAAUCCGAAGCACACUUCCAUUACACAUCAAUAACACAAGUAUGGGGAAGUUCAAACCUUGUAAUGGGUGUUUGCGGACUGGGGCUAUUUGUAUUUGAUACCAUGAGGGACGAUUCAUUGCAGUCUUUCACAAUUGAUUCUGGAAACACUCAAAAAGUUAGAGAUAUCAUUGGUCCAGAUGACAUGUAUUCCCCUUCCUUUGAUUACUUAUCAUCUCGUGCCCUCCUUAUAUCAAGAGAUCGCCCAGCAGUGUGGAGGCACUUAUCAGAGGUAUGAACUAUGAUGCAUGCAUGCUGAGACCUGCUAGAAUGAUUUAUCAAGCAGAAAGAACCAUCAGCAGAAGAAUGUGCUGUUGUUUUUGCUCCGUUUUCUGUCAUGCUAU